CUGGGUUCUUGGGUGGGUGGAGCUGGCGUCUUUUUAUCUGGCCUUGGGUGGCAUGUUGGCUGUCCGGCGUAUAUAAUAAGGGGAGCGGAGCUGACUCAAUUCACUUGCCUCUUGACAUUUGCUGCUGCUCGCAGAUCAAUCUUUAUACGUACUCAUCUCGUCCCCUCUUUUAUCGUCAAGAUCUUCCGAUUUCGAGAUCCACCUUAUAGACUUAGAUCCAUAGACUCACUUUUGCUGUUGUCAGAAUGCGCCAUUUCGACGCCUGGAUCCUCCGGGACCCCUACUCCAUCUUCCACUACUACUCAACAGGUCAUCGAUGGAAAGAGAGCGUCCGCGACCUCAUCCAAGCCCGCAAGAUAUGCGCGCCACUCUCGCUAUCCCUCGACAGCAACGCUUCAUCUACACCUUCACUUCCCAUCGAUCCCUACGCCCGCUCGAUGAACCCGCAAUCAACAUGCGCCCUCCUCACAGAACUACCUCUUGAGAUCCGCCUUAUGAUUUAUGAAUAUGCCUUUGGCGACCAAGUCGUUCACCUCGUCCAGGUCAAAGACAAAAUCCGGCACGUCCGCUGCAACAACACCACUUCAUCCCUCGAUAAAAACCGCCGCUGUUGCCCCGUCACCCCCGCACGCUGGCGAGCCAACGACCUAGCUGCUGCUGUUUCUUCACCUGCAGACAGCGCCAGCAGUAAUGGUGCCACUAGCAACAGCAUGCUCUACCCACACACUCACCCCUCCCUCCCAUCGCAGCUAAGCAACUCCUCGACCGCCCUCAUCCGCACCUGUCGCGCCAUCUACGCCGAAGCGUCCUCGAUCCUCUACAAGAACUCCGUUUUCGACGUCGACGACCUGACGACCUUCAUCGCCUUCAGCCUGUCAAUUUCCCCGCACCACCUCCGCGCAGUAAAAAAACUGACCAUUCAAUGGAUGCCCGUUUGGCAGCCCAUGGCGGGGGAGGAACAUAAGAGCUCGAUCUACUCGCAUACGCAUAAUGAUCGGCUCUGGGCAUUGUUUUGGAACAGGGUUGCUGCCUUGAGCGGGCUGGAGGAAUUGGCGCUCAUUGUCGAUCUGGGGUCGUUUGCAGGUACUCCUGCUGGUGCCCCUGCCGCCGCGGGUAAUGGAGCAGCAGCAGGAGGGGCAGGAGGCGUAAUCGGUGGAAACAGACUCCGUCUCUCGAUCUCCGAACCCUGGGUUGCGCCGCUGCUCUGCGUUCGGGGCCUGCGGUCCUUCGAGCUGGGGAUCACAGCUAAGUGCGAUGCGGUUGCCAAGGAAUUUCUAGAGGGUGACUUGGUGAGGGAUGCGGUGAUGCUAAGGAAUCAUUUGCGCAUGAUAAUGUGUUCGAAGAGAGGAGAAGCGCUGCCUGCCUUACCGGGGGUGCAGGAUCUGUCGGCGCAGUUGGAGCUGCUAAGACGGUGUGCGGUUGAGACAGAGGAUAUGGAACGCGGGGUUCAACGGGGAAUGAGGCCGAGGUUGGCUAUUACUGCCGCAUGAGAGAGGCGAUUUUAUACCUGAAUGGAUAGACGUGGAUCGAAGCUGUUUGUGUUCUAAGAAUGUGUGCGCACGGUUUCGCUCUAUAUACCGCAACAUUUGAUACCCAUUUGAUUUCGAUUAGCUUUGAUAAUUUACAGCUUGAACUCUGCCCUCGGCUACAUUCAAUACAGGCCAGAGUAGAUCAAAGCACUUAGCUCAGAUUAUAAUAGACAAGCGAGCAGGCAAAUAUUUUAUUUUUUUUGCAUGUGCACACUAUUCACGCUCUCCUAGGUGUAAUUCC